AUGUUCGGAAUCCAGGAGCAUCUGAUACGAGAAGUGAGUGGAUUAAAAGAGAGAAGUCUCGGAGAGGAGAUGGAUCCGGUCCGGUCGUGGGUGCGUAAUGUCGGUGUUGUGGAUGCCAACGUAGCGGCGCAAAGUGGAGUAGCUCUGUCAAGAGCCCAUUUUGAGAAGCAGCCACCCUCCAAUCUCCGCAAGUCCAACUUCUUCCACUUUGUCCUGGCACUCUAUGACAGACACGGCCAACCUGUAGAGGUGGAGAGGACUGCGUUUGUGGACUUUGUUGAGCAUGAAAAGGAGCAGACAGGAGAAAAGACCAACAACGGCACGCAUUACAAGCUACAGCUCCUCUACAGCAACGGGGUUCGCACAGAACAGGAUCUCUAUGCACGACUUAUUGACUCUGUAACUAAACAGCCCAUAUCAUAUGAGGGACAGAACAAGAAUCCAGAAAUGUGCAGAGUUCUGCUCACACAUGAGGUUAUGUGCAGCCGCUGUUGUGAGAAGAAAAGUUGUGGUAACCGCAACGAGACGCCCUCUGACCCGGUCAUCAUUGACAGGUUUUUCUUGAAGUUUUUCCUGAAGUGUAACCAGAAUUGUCUGAAGACAGCAGGGAACCCAAGGGAUAUGAGGAGAUUUCAGGUGGUCUUGUCCAGCACUGUGAGUGUAGACGGCCAUGUCCUAGCAGUGUCUGACAACAUGUUUGUCCACAACAACUCAAAACAUGGUCGGAGAGCCCGCAGACUGGAGCCAGGCGAGUCGGUGGAGAAUGCUAUGGAAUAUGCUACUCCCUGUAUCAAAGCCAUCAGCCCCAGUGAGGGCUGGACCACCGGCGGGGCCAUGGUCAUCGUUAUCGGGGAGAACUUCUUUGACGGGCUGCAGGUGGUGUUUGGCAGCAUGCUGGUGUGGAGCGAGUUGAUCACGCCCCACGCAAUCCGUGUCCAGACACCUCCUCGCCAUAUCCCCGGGGUUGUGGAGGUCACACUGUCCUACAAAUCCAAACAGUUCUGCAAAGGAGCACCAGGACGCUUCAUCUACACAGCCCUGAAUGAGCCAACCAUAGACUACGGCUUCCAGCGUCUGCAGAAGGUCAUUCCCCGACAUCCUGGUGACCCAGACAAACUAGCCAAGGAAAUGCUGUUGAAGAGAGCCGCUGAUCUUGUGGAGGCCCUGUAUGGAAACCCACACAGUAAUCAGGACAUGCUUCUGAAGCGUGCGGCUGACAUCGCCGAGGCCCUCUACAGCGUUCCCCGUCCUCACAGUCAGCUGCAGGCGCUGCCCAGCUCACCAGCCCAUGGCAGUGUCAUGGGCCUGGGUUCUUACCCUUCGCAGUUGGGAGUCAGCAUUGGAGAGCCAGGACAGAGCAGCCAGGGCUACAUCCGUAACUCCAGCAGUUUGUCCCCAAGGGGUUACCCUUCUGCCUCCACUCCUCAGCAGUCAAGCUACGGGGGCAGUGCAGGGAUGACGGGAGGUUAUGGGACAGUUCCCAUGACCAGCCUGGGAGUACCUGGGUCACCUGGUUUCAGUAGUGCCUCCCCCACAGGCUCUCCCUACGGUAAGAUAAUGCCCUCCAGCCCCACUAUACCAGGAGGCUCCAGCUCUUCGUCAUCUCUCUUGCCUUUCUCCUCCUUCCCAUCUGCUGCCAAACAGAAGAGUGCUUUUGCUCCUGUCCUCAGGCCCCAGGGUUCCCCCUCCCCUGCCUGUCCCGCCUCAGGGGGGAACAGCUUCAGAGCAAUGACGGGCCUGGUUGUUCCCCCGAUGUAGCAAACCACCCACCCCAAUCUACCCCAGACCACUGCUUCACUUAGCCCCUCUCUUGGCACUAAGAGGGCAGGGAGAAUGGAAAAUUGAUCUAGCAACCACAUAUAAAUAUCCUCCCUGAGCCCCCUGCCAUUUGUUAGUCCAUUUUUCAUCAAGUGGAUGAAAAGGAUGGGGUAUGAAAUGUCCAAAGACCAGCCAUCCACUUCAGAAGCAGAGGAGAUUACUUCACGCACAGCAGCUACAGACAGAAAAUGUUCCUUAGCCAACAGCACCAGACUGGACCAAACUGCUGGGUGCACCAUGAGGUGUCUGCAUUUUGAAAAGAAACAGAGGCAAACAGGUCCCAAUCUUGCCACAAGCUUCAAAAGCGUCCGUAAUUACCUCUGGCCUACUAUCAACAUGCAGUAUUUGAUUCUUCCAACAUCCGCCCAAAACCUUGGCUACAGACGUGCAGGAUUUGUUGAGAGAGCACUGAGCGUUGUUGGA